UUGCUAUACAAUAACACAACAACAAUCAAAAUCACCAUCUCCACCAUCUAUCCCGCCACACGUUAGAACCUAACCAUGGCUGCCUCCACAGCUGCUGCCGCUGCAUCAUCUUUCAUGGGAACACGCCUUUAUGAUAUUUACACUAACUCUGGUCGGAUCCAAGCUCGGUUUGGAUUUGGCACCAAAAAGUCCGCACCGAAGAAAUCGUCCAAACCCAGCUCAGACCGGCCGCUGUGGUAUCCAGGAGCCAAGGCACCGGAAUGGUUAGACGGUAGUUUGGUAGGUGACUAUGGGUUUGACCCAUUCGGGCUAGGGAAACCCGCUGAGUAUUUGCAGUUUGAGUUGGAUUCUUUGGAUCAGAACUUGGCGAAGAACUUGGCUGGUGAUGUGAUUGGAACACGUACGGAGCUUGCGGAUGUGAAGUCAACUCCUUUCCAGCCUUACAGUGAGGUAUUUGGGCUGCAAAGGUUCCGUGAGUGCGAACUCAUUCAUGGAAGAUGGGCUAUGUUGGCUACUCUUGGAGCUCUUGCUGUUGAGUGGCUCACCGGAGUCACCUGGCAAGACGCCGGAAAGGUCGAGCUAGUUGAAGGAUCAUCAUACCUCGGGCAACCAUUGCCGUUCUCUAUAACUACGUUGAUCUGGAUUGAGGUUUUGGUGAUUGGAUACAUUGAGUUCCAAAGAAACGCAGAGCUAGACCCAGAGAAGAGGCUAUACCCUGGAGGCAGUUUCUUUGAUCCAUUAGGUCUAGCAGCUGAUCCAGAGAAGAAGGCGACCCUUCAAUUGGCAGAGAUAAAGCACGCUCGCCUUGCCAUGGUUGCUUUCCUUGGUUUUGCAGUUCAAGCUGCUGUUACUGGGAAAGGACCUCUCAACAACUGGGCUACUCACUUGAGUGACCCUCUCCACACGACCAUUAUUGAUAACUUGACCUCUUAAAACAUUACCGCUGGUCAUCCUUUUUCUUGUGAGAAAGUUGAGAAUGUUUUACUAGGUUGUUUUACCAUUACAUGUGCUUCCUGUAAAAAUUAUAACAUGGCAAUUUAAGUUAAUUGUUCUGCUUUUGAAA